AAGCAACAUUUUCUCCUUUUAUUUUCUGGAUAACUUCGAUCACUACCUUGUCAAAGUUUCACUCCAAAAGUCAGACAUACCUAAACAUAUUGUACUUCUGUACUUCCCUUAUAACCUCCCCCCUUCAAAAACUUCAAGCCGAUCUCAACAUGACUACCAGUCUACUGAAAGAAUUUAAAGACCUUAGGUACCAGGAAUAUCAUGAUGAAGAGGAUAUCCCAUUCGUACCAGAGGUACAUAGCAUUGCUCAGCCUCAGAACUCAAAUAUCAUGCGGGUCAGACCACGUAAUGGCGAGAAUAUGCUUAUUGUGAAGAAAGUUCAGAAAAUCAACAAGCAAGACAUGGAUGACAAUGAAAAGCGCGGGAUACUUAAAGAAGCGCGAUGCCUUCAGUAUGCUGACCAUCCGCAUGUUGUCAAAUUCAUCGAAGCAUUCUACUUCCAGCCUAACAAGAAUGAUAUCCACAAAGAUCCUUUUAUGGGUAUUGUCAUGCAUCGUGCGAAUAGCGACAUUGUGCCUUAUCUCGAGGGUAAGGCAGAUCGCAUGGCUAUUCGUGGCUGGCUUAGAUGCUUGGUAAAUGUCGUGGGUUACAUUCACGGACUUGGUAUCACGCAUCGCGAUAUCAAACCACCCAACAUAUUGAUAAAAGAUACGAAGGUCCUACUCGCAGACUUCGGGAUAUCGAAAAUGGGCCUUAUUGAUACGGUUCCAACAACAGUACCUAAUGAACCACGCGGGCGCACACGUAAAUAUGCUGCACCUGAAGUAGAGGCUGGAAGCACACGAGGACGAUCUGCUGAUAUAUUCUCCUUGGGCGCUGUAUUCCUCGAAAUGUUAGUUGCAUAUUAUUGGCCAGGAGUAGGCCGUAUAAAGCUUUCCAAAGUUGUCGGGGCUUCGUCAUAUGCGGAACAUUUAGGUGAAAUAUACAAGUUCAUGAAAGAAUUGGAUGGCAAAAUAAAGCUAAAAGAUGAAUGGGGAUGUAAGAUCCUCAGUCUUUGUCGGGCCAUGAUGAGCGAAGAUCGGGACGAACGCCCCAGCAUCAAAAAGAUACAUAACAAAAUGUCGUCCUUGUCGCCAGAAAAUGGAGCUGCCAAUAUUUGCUGCGAAAGUUUGAAGGAUCGCAAGAAUUUACCAGACAGGGUUAAACUACUUGAUAAGUGUAAGGCCGGAGAUGAAUCUGAAGUGAGGAAGCUUCUUCUCCAUGUAAAACCGACCACCAUCGGGGCAAUACAACAAGCAUCGGCAGGUGGAUUUGGCAGUGUUGUCCAAGCUUUCCUCGAUCAUAACCCCAAAGAGGUAGUGAACCUGCGCGACUUUAGCCAGAAAACAGCACUCCACUGUGCAGCCGGAAAUGGUCAUGAAGAUGUCGUGAGGAUUUUGCUCAAAAGUAAAGCAAGCAUAAACCUAGGGGACGAUGAAAACCGAACGCCUCUCCAUUUGGCAUCCAUCCACGGGCAUUCCAAAGUAGUUGAAGUUCUCAUUGAAAACCAGGCAGAUGUCUCAAUAAAGGACAUUAAGGAACAGACACCACUUCAUUUCGCAGCAAAGGGGAGAAGGAAAACCGAUAGCAGUUACAAGGAAAUUAUUCGCAUUUUACUCCGGAACGGUGCCGAUGUCAACGCAAAGGACAAUAAUGGCAAAACACCACGUGAGUAUGCAAAAGAAAAGGGUCAUAGAGACAGGGAAAUGCUAUUAAGUAAUGAUGCCCCCGGUGCAAUAUUACGACGUGAAUCAAUGUCAACCAACAAGAUGAUACAGGACCUAAACCAAAAAAUCCGCCCACUGCGCGAUUUCUACGAUGAAGCAGAUAUCCAACAAGUAUCGGGCUUGCUCGAAACGUGCCACAAGGGCUGGGGUCAAAUGGCAAAAUUAUAUGUCAUAUUGAGCAUUGUGCGACCGACCGGUAAUGUCCUGGAACUAAUUGACAAACUAAUCAGCAGAAAUGUCACAGACUAUAAGCUUCCUAUCAAUAAUGACGACCUUUCCGACUUCUUCGAAAACCCUGGAGACCUUGUCAGGUUCGGGCAGGAGCAGCGAAGAGUAUUGUCAGAGACACUCUACUUCAAAAAUCCAGACGAGCACCACAAUCUCCGUAGCAAUGACCCGUGGGGAAACCUUAAGAAGAUAGAAGAACUGGGGAGUGGAGGAUCUGGUGUAGUUUACAAAGUCCAAAAUGGAUACAACGGCCAAAUAUAUGCUCUCAAACAAAUCGACCGAAGCAAACGUAAAGCUGCGGAAGAGCUCAACAUGCUUAAGAGAGUCAGGCACCAAAACAUUGUUUCUUUUGUCGGAAGUUUUACAUCGCCUAACUACCUUGGUCUCCUGAUGGAACCGGCUGCGGAUUACAACCUAUCAAAAUACCUCUCUGAAGCAGAGAGUGAUGAUAGCAAAAGACUGUUACUGCUCGGUUACUUUGGAUGCUUGUUGGAUGCAUUGCAUUACCUCCACAACGAAGCAUAUGUGCGCCAUAAUGACAUCAAGCCCCAUAACAUUCUUGUUCAUGGCGGACGUGUCUUCUUGACUGACUUUGGCAUUUCUCUUGACUGGAGUGAAACCUUUCAAACUACGACAAUGGAGCCUGUUGUUUCUCACACCCCUCUCUACUGCGCUCCGGAAGUCACUCGGGCAGGAAAAUCUCGAAAUUCGAAGGCAGAUAUCUGGUCUCUUGGAUGUGUCUUUCUUGAGAUGAUGACCAUUCUCAAGGGACGACAAGUAAACGAAAUCAGGAAGUUUUUCGGCGAAUACCUUCCACAAAGCACCUCAUAUAAUAACGGCUUACAUAUUGUCUACCGGUGGAUCGAGAUUCUCAAAAGGACAGAAAAUGGGAUUGGGAACGAGCCUCUUGGGUGGAUCGAGGAUAUGCUUCAACAAGAUCCAAAUGCCAGACCGAGUGCAGCACACUUGCGACAACGAUUACUAGAUUCUAAGUAUGAUGUGUCUUCGAAAGUACCAUACUUUGGAGAUUGCUGUAGGAUAAAUGUUCCUCCAUCAAAGGAGGACAAUGGUCCUCGCCUAUCUGAAGAGACUGCCGAAGAUUUCCGAAUCGAAGAGAAAUCCCAUAUUGCAGCCAUCGGUUGGCCCGGUGAACAGCGACUUUAUUUCCAAGGGGUUGACGGGGACAUUCGUCAAGCUACUCAAAAACAGCACGAAUCAUUUUGGCAAGGGGGGAGACCCCAGGAUAAGGUUGGUAUAGCAAAGCAUCGAAGUCCUAUCGCAGCGACAGCGUGGAGGCAGACAAGCGGACAUAAACAACCAAUGGUACGAGUUUACAGUCUUAAUGAAGACAAUUAUAUUCAAGAGUUGGCCUGGAAUCCAGAGUCAGCAUGGUGCGAAGGAGCUCUAAACUCAUAUCGCAUCAAAGCCGCCUCGUUCAGCGAGCUCGCAGUAACAUCCUGGGGCGAUGGAAACAUCGUUCUCUUUUACCAAGCUGCAGAUAGUACAAUUCGCAUUCUUCAUGGAUGGGCACGCAGAUCCCAAUGGCGUCACGGCCAGAUACUUAAAGAUGUAGCAAUUGGUUCGCCACUAGCGGCAACCAACUUUGAACAUCUCGGGAAUCGUGGCCUGAGGCUUUACUGCAAGUUAGCAAACUUAGGUUUCAGAGAGUUUUGUUGGGACACAGUCGAUGACAACAACAGAGUUGACUCCGCCGAUUAUUUUGGUGGUUAUAUGAUACCAGCAUCGCCAGGAGCCUCGAUAUGCGCGAUUGCAUCUAAACAGGUCGAUCUAGAAAUGUACGUUUGGUGUACUGAAGCAGAAUGUAUUCUUGAAAGAAAAUAUACCGACGGCUGGGUAGACUGGUCAUCCACUCUUCCGACAAAUACGCAGGCAGGAAGUAUUUCAGCUCUCCGAUUAGGACCAGGGUCGGUCAGAAUUUACUUCGUACGCGAGGGCGAAAUAGGAGAAUUCGCGCGAGAGGGCGGGAAUCCAACACUAACAGUUAUCAUAUCGAGACCACCGAGCACCAACACGGCUGAUCUAUAUCAAAACGGUUCACAGAACCGCCACGAUUCUGUUUCCUCCACGAGUUCAAUUCCGACGUCUGAACGACAGCUAUUAGAGCCGAGCGGACAAUUACCGGAAUCCUCUGACUUGGAGCCUCGACAUCUUUCAAUAGUUAGGCGAGUCUUGGCGUUCCUUAAUUGCUGUAGUUAGGCACCUGGAACACUUUCUUCUACUCCUUUCUCUUCCUUUCCUUUCCAUGUUCCUAUAUCCAUCUAAGAGUGUCUGGUAGUUAAUAUCUGGGGGGCUUGGUAUCUACUAUAUUUCUAAAACGACAAAUGUUAAGCAUGAAGUCCUUAUGGAUUGAAUAAAAGUAGUUAAUACAGACCGAGAAGCAUCGUCUUAUGAGUUUAGAUUAGUUCCUC